AUUAUUGACCAGCAACGUUUACUACUGAAAAAUCUAUUCCCCGUACGCGUCCCCCCACCCCGUCUCCUCCAUCAGCAUUUUUUUUAUUUCCCUUCCUUCUCCGCCCCGAUACUUUCUCCUCCCUCUGUCCCCUUUUUUCUUUCCCGGUCCUCAACCUCCCCCCACCCUUUCCUUCUUCCUCCACCCACCUCCACCCCCCUCCGCCCGCCGCUCCCCUCUCCGUGCGCCCCUUCCCUCCGCGCGCCGCUCCUCGGAGCCUUAUUGCAGCAAAUAGGGAGAGGAAAUGGGCCUUAGAGGAAAUAGGAACAAAUAUGAAACACAACUGGCUCAAAGAAAUUUCAAAAGCAAUGAUACUCAGAAUCACAUACAGGAACAAAACACCAUGGAACUUUAUUCACGAGCAAGGGAGCAAGAAGAGGAGAUCCUCUCCCUCCGUGAACAGAUUGGCAUUGCCUGUAUGAAGGAACUGCAGCUGUUGAAUGAGAAAUGCAAACUAGAGAGGCAAUUCUCUGAACUAAGAAUGGCAGUUGAUGAGAAGCAAAAUGAAGCCAUCUCAUCCGCUUCUAAUGAUUUGGUUCAAAGAAAAGGUUAUCUUGAAGAAAAUUUAAAACUUGCUCAUGAUUUGAAAGCUGUAGAUGAUGAGAGAUACAUCUUCAUGUCAUCUAUGCUGGGGUUGCUCGCUGAAUAUGGCCUUUGGCCUCGUGUUAUGAAUGCCUCUUCAAUAUCCAGCUGUGUAAAGCAUUUACAUGAUCAAUUACAAUGGAGGAUUCGAAGUUCACAUGAUAGAAUGGGAGAGUUAACUUCUGUUCUAGAAAGCCGUGCUGAUAAUGGUAAUCACGUUGUUGAAAGUCCAGGUUCUGGAAAUUUGACAAGUCACACUCAUAAUGAUUUCAUGUUUCAGCAUAACUUCCCCCAGCAAAAUCUUAUUGGGAAUGAACAAAGCCAUCAACCAAUGAGCAAUGUUGCAGGAUAUAUGCACCCAGCUCUUCAUUCUGAUGUAAACUGGGGAUUAAAAACAUUCAACUAUCAGCAGACUUCUAACGCUGAUAGGGGGAUAUCUUCUUUCCCACACGCAUCAAUUGAUAAAAUUGGAGUGCAGGACAAAAACAUGGAAAGAAAUUUUGGCAAUGGCAACUUUUAUCAACAUCCACCUGAUUUGGAUGAGACUGCUUCCUCUGUUUCUGAGGACGGCCCUGGCAUUGAGAAUUUUCAAGUUUCUGGUGAUGCUAUUCCUGGAGAAAAGCUUCUUGGAUGUGGAUAUCCAGUCCGUGGAACUUCUCUUUGUAUGUUUCAGUGGGUUCGGCAUCUUGAGGAUGGCACUAGACAAUACAUUGAAGGAGCUACAAAUCCAGAGUAUGUUGUUACAGCUGAUGAUGUUGAUAAAUUGAUAGCAGUUGAAUGUAUUCCAAUGGAUGAUAAAGGCCGUCAGGGGGAACUGGUGAAGCUUUUUGCUAAUGAUCAGAACAAAAUAACGUGUGACUCAGAAAUGAAACAUGAGAUUGGCACAAAUCUGUCUAAAGGAGAAGCCACAUUCAGUGUUCUACUUUUGAGGGAUUCUUCCGAGAAUUGGGAACAAGCAACUCUAUUCUUAAGACGAUCAGGAUAUCAAAUUAAGAUUAAUGGUACUGAAGCUACAGUAGUUGAUGAGAAAUUCUCAAAGGAAUUAUCGAUUAAGGUUCCAUGUGGUCUCUCUGCGCAAUUUGUGUUAACAAGCUCAAAUGGGUCUUCUCAUCCUCUAAGCACAUAUAGCGUCAGAAUGCGAGACACACUUGUGUUAACCAUGCGACUCUUCCAGAGUAAGGCAUUGGAUGACAAAAGGAAAGGGAGAGCAUGACCUCAGAUUUUGUAUGAAUGGAAGAAAAUAAGUUACUGAGCAAACAUUUAGUCUCAUUUAUAAUUUUUUUUUAUAUAGUAAUAUCUGGAAUCCCAUGUCUAGUGUCCUGUUGUAAAAGCAAAAGUUUGUAGAGGCCAAGAAAGUGUAACAUGGGAAGAAAUCGAAAAUAGUGUGUUAACAUUUUUUUUUUCUAAGUUACAAUGUAACGAUGUAUGCCUGUGAAUGUGGGGGGAAAGUUGCAUUAUUAGUUAAAUGAGUGUUAUAGAUUCAGCGUAUAAACCCACUUUUAUUUGUUCAAGAUUUAUCUGUAAGUACAGAAAUAAAGAUUUUGUAGCUUCAAAAUUUCUUUAAAAUAUUAAGUCUCAUUUUGUUAUAUGCA